UGCAGAGAGGAAUUUCACAAGUGUACAUGUGAUGAAUAAAGUUUUUUUGUUGUUCUUCUUCUCUACUGUCCUAACUGUGCCUAACUCCUGUUGUAAUAAGUGCAUGAGGCUAAACACUAUUCUUGUUUCCACAGGGGAAAAGCAGGAUGAGCAUUUACAAUUUUACCAUGGAAACAACCGAUUUUACUUUGAAUUACGGGUAUGACUAUGCAAACUACACGGCUGAUAACCUGACGGACCUGGAGGAGCAUUUUGUACACCCCAUUUGCUCUGGAGAGCUUCUGUGCCUGUUGCUGCUGGUUGUGAAUGUGAUCAUCAUCGUGCUGGGGAUUGUGGGAAAUGGUGUGGUGAUCUGGAUCGCAGGUUUUAAGAUGAAGGAAACUGUCAACACCACCUGGUACCUCAGCCUGGCUAUUUCUGACUUCAUAUUUUGUGCCACCUUGCCCUUCAACACCUUUUACAUAGCUACUUCUAACUGGACCUUCGGACUUUUCUUGUGCAGGUUCACCUCCUUCGUGAUGUUCCUCAACAUGUUCAGCAGCAUCUUUCUUCUCGUCAUCAUCAGUGUGGAUCGCUGCAUGGUGGUCAUGUUCCCUGUCUGGGCACAGAACCAGCAAACAAAAAGGAAGGCUUCAUUGAUAGUCCUUCUUGCAUGGGUUUUAUCAGUGUCCUUGAGUAUGCCGUCCACCAUUUUCCAUGACGUUCAGGAACAUCUAGGCAGAACCCGGUGCCAUAAUAAUUACCCUAACCAGCACAUUCACAAAUCUAUAGGCAUCUGCCGGUUUAUUUUUGGAUUCCUUAUACCUUUCCUGGUCAUCAUUGUCUGCUAUUCAGUCAUUAUCUUCAAGCUGAGAAGCAACCAGAUGACAAAGUCUACAAAGCCGUUCAAAAUCAUGACAGCUCUCAUCGGGACUUUCUUUAUCUGCUGGCUGCCAUACCACACGUUUGUGCUGGCUGAACUGAACCACAGCUUCUCCAACAUCAUCAUCAUGUUCGGGUUCAAGAUUGGAACCUCGGUCGCUUCAGCAAACAGCUUCCUCAACCCAAUUCUCUAUGUCUUCAUGGGUAAUGAUUUCAGGCAGAAGUUUAAGAACUCCAUCCUGUCUAAGAUCGAGAAUGCCAUAGGAGAGGAAGGACGCACCAUGAGCUGCUACUUAUCCCGUUCCAGUUCUAUGGAUGCUAGAGCAUCGACUCACAUCUGAUUUGACCUGGAACUAUAAAACUGAUUGAAAGUCAGAUCCUGAUUCAUUUGUACAUACCG